GGAAAUGGCUUCAAUGGAGCUGGCUCAGGAUUUCCAAUUUCCAAACCUGAUGUGAUCUCGCAGCUGGAAUGAGGGGAACAGCCGUGGGUCUCAGACCUCUAUGGCUCCGAAAAAAAGUGCUCCCGAGAACUGUCUGCACAGGGAGUGACCUAUGUCUGGAUUCUCUCUGUCUCCCAUCAGGUGAUGGGAUGGUGAGUGAGAACGAGGAGACACCCCAGUAGGAAGAUGUUGAACAAGUAGAACCACAUGGGAUGUUAUCAGGAAGUGCCAAAGGGUAUGUUUCUGGGAGUUGUGCACUCCCAGAAAAAGCAAAAGCCUGUGAGACUAAGCACAGGCCAGAGGAAAACUUCAGUAGCCACUCAGACCUUAUUACCCGUGAGAGCAUCAACUUGAAAGAGAGACACUACACAUGCCAUGAGUGUGGGAAACGCUUCAGUGGGAGCUCAGACCUUCUCACACAUCAGAGAAUCCACAGGGGAGAGACACCCUACACAUGCUCCGAGUGUGGGAAACACUUCAGUUAUAGCUCAGCCCUCAUCACACAUCAGAGAAUUCACACGGGUGACAAACCGUUGGAGUGUGGGAAACGCUUCAUGGAUCGUUCAGCCCUCAUCACACAUAAGAUAAUCCACACAGGAGAGAGACCCUACAUGUGCUCCGAGUGCGGGACAAGCUUCAAUAAGAGCUCAAAUCUUAUCACACAUAGGAGAAUCCCCACAGGUGAAAAACUAUAUGGAUGCUCUGACUGUGGAAAACACUUCAUUGAUCAUUCAACCCUCAUCUCACAUCAGAUAAUCCACACAGGAGAGACGCCCUUCACAUGCUCUGAGUGUGGGAAAUGCUCCAUUCAUCGUUCAGCCCUCAUCUCACAUCAGCGCUCUUCCCUGAUUCUUCUGAAUGCUGCCCCAGAGGGGCGUUUUCUUCUUUCACUCAUGACUGCUGUUCUGUGACAGCUAGAGCAGCUCCCAACACUCAAUUGAAGUGGACAAAUAAGCAGACUGGUAGCAGAGUCUGUGUGAGGGAAGAUCUCAGCGUUUUAAGGGUCUAACUGGCUCCUAUGAUGUCAGUUGAUUGCCUCAAGUGUUCUCUUCAAGUGGGUUCAGAAAAGCAGCAGGAAAGAGGAAGCUCCCUGAGAAGCUGAUGUGAAUCAGUCCAGGUUCCUGGGGGUGUUUGAGAGGUACAUAAGAGGCUCCUCCUCCUCUCUCUCCCUGCAGCUCCUGCUGCUUUCUGUUA